GGCAAAACGACGUUUUCAGUAACCGCUAUUUUAGAGUGACGAAGCUUAUUGGUAAUAAGCCUAUAAUCUUUGACAUGGGAGGUCUGAACUGUGUGCCUUCUGCUGAUAGAAAUCUUCCGGAACAUUCAAGAUUAACUUCCAGUUCUUCUGAUGUUGCAUCCUUCUGGAAAAAGUGCCGCAGUCCAGAGAACAGGAAAAAAUUUCUUGUAUUCGCUAGUAUCUUCAAAACAAAUUGUAUUACCAUUCUAGCAAUCUUUAUUUAUUAUGGACGAAAUAUGCAGCAUUUCUACUUGGUAAUAACUCUGUUAAUGGCAUUCGUAGUAAUUGCUUUAAUCUUUUCAAUUCCUGUAUGGAAGGAAAUAUGUUGCAAAGGUAGGCAUGCUUAUAAAGCAUACGACGAUAUUUGGAUCAGAAGUGAAUCUAUUGCAGAAAUGCAGCUACAAGAUUUGGACCAAUCUAGUGAGGAGCUUCAUGAUUACCAAGAAAGUCUACAAACUUCGUUCAUGCCAGAAGAACCGUUGGCUGAAGAUAAUACGGUAGAUGGUAGUUCCAAAUACGACUUUCGAACAUUUGGAAAGAAGGUUGUUGAAUAUCAAGGACUUCAAGAAACGGAUGUGUAAUUUUUAACUCGUUUUUUAAGCUCUACGCUAAAUAUGUACAUCAUUUUAGAAUUUUUUAAACACCUGAAGUGUGCAUGGCUGCAAUUUUAUUUAUAGUGCCAGCUUAUUGAAGAUUUUGUACAGUUGUUCAAUCUCUUCAUAUUAAAUACGUUUUAAUCCA